CUCGGGCAGAACCUCUCGCCGCCUUGAAAACACGGAGCGUGUAUGCGUGUUUGAGGCGGGGGGGGACGGGGGAGGUCCUUUCUGGGCUGGUACAGCCUGACAGAGGGGAGUGACGUCACCGUCCCUGCCAAUCUCUCCCCCUCCCCCGCCUGGCGCGCUUCAGCGUUUUGCGUGUGCCUUCCGUGGUUCUCAUGUCCUCUCAGUCUGUGGUCCAGGCUGAGGGAGAGAGUCUCAGUGGGUCUCCCAGGCUGCCCUCCUCCCCUUUCCCGCUCGCUUAAACAGACGGCUCUGCAACAAGCCUCUCAUCCCACUGCUUGGGGGCCACACAAAUCGUGUGAUCAGCAUAAGAGGAGUUAAGAAUAAUACAUAUUAAAAAAAACCACAGAAGAGAAAGCGGAGGGGUCCAUCUCGACUACUUUGUCCCUCAGCAAGCGCACGCAGCCAUCGCCUCUUCCCAGAGGAAACCUCUACGACAGGCUUCUUUCUUUUUGGUUCUCUUGCCUGUUCUUUUCCCAUCUCUUCCUGUCCACUUCUGAGCCAUCUCCAGCUUGCCCUUUUUGGGUUUGUAUUGCACUUUGGGGGUUUUUUUGUGUGUGUGUGUUGGGGAGGAGGAGGAGAGUGAAUCUGGUUUUCUAUUUGUAGCUAAAGAAUGGACUAAAUUAAGAGGGGCAAAAGAAAAGGGGAGGGGGAGAAAGAAGAGAGAAAAGGGAGGAGAAAGGAGGAGAGUGAAGCCGCGAGCGGGCGAGCGCCCGGGAGCAGUAGCUGGAGAAGGAGGAGGAAGAAGAGAGCGGAGAAGCAGCAGCAGGACAAGGAGAAAGCAGGGACACCCGGCUGCUAGGGAGUUCACUCGGGGUCCUCGAUCCCUGGAUGUCGUCGGCCCCUCGGACCCCCUCCUCAGACGCCGCCUGCCACUUUCCCGCUUUGGACUGUCUGUGAGAGGAGGACAGACCCCCGGGAGCUGCCACAGCAAGCAGUAACCUGGGGUAAGAGAGAGGGGAGGGGAAGCUGGAGCAGCUUGCUCGGCUUUGGAUUAAAUUGGCCGCCCGAGAGACGAGCGACAGCAGCAGGAGGGGAAAAGAGGUGGCCGUGGCGGCGGCAGCGGCGGCGGCGAGAGGUGGGAGAAGACGAAGCAGCAGCAGCAAGGCGAAGAAGAAGCGCCCGCGGUAGGACGGGCGAGAAGGCGGACUUGGUUGGCGGUGGUGGCAGUGGCGGUGCCGCCGCUGCCGCUGCCGCUGAGGGAACUGAGGGGAGCCAGCAUGACCAGGCUUUGAAAAUUCUUCAUCUGGAAUUUCAGAUUGGAGAAACUUGCAGUGGCUUCUGAGCCAGUGACUGAAGCCGCCAAAGCAUGCUGGUGCCAAGCUGUCGGAUGAUGCAUACAGCCAGGCCAGUAGUAGUGUUCCUGUGCUUCCUACUCUGUGCUGAUGCUGAAACACCACCAAAGUUUACAAGAACACCCGUUGACCAGAUAGGGGUCUCUGGGGGAGUCGCAUCAUUCAUCUGCCAAGCUACAGGAGACCCAAGACCUAAAAUUGUCUGGAACAAAAAGGGCAAGAAAGUCAGCAAUCAGAGAUUUGAGGUAAUAGAGUUUGAUGAUGGAUCUGGAUCAGUUCUUAGAAUACAACCGCUACGGACUCCACGAGAUGAAGCUAUUUAUGAAUGUGUUGCUUCCAACAGUGUUGGAGAAAUAAGUGUGUCCACGAGACUCACUGUGUUGCGUGAGGAUCAGAUUCCUCGUGGUUUCCCCACCAUUGAUAUGGGCCCACAACUAAAGGUGGUUGAACGCACUCGAACAGCCACCAUGUUAUGUGCAGCCAGUGGCAAUCCUGAUCCUGAGAUAACUUGGUUCAAAGAUUUUUUACCUGUGGACACAAGCAACAACAAUGGACGCAUCAAACAAUUACGAUCAGGUGCCCUUCAAAUUGAACUGAGCGAAGAAUCUGACCAAGGCAAAUAUGAGUGUGUUGCAACCAACAGUGCGGGUACACGGUAUUCUGCCCCUGCCAAUCUAUAUGUCAGAGUCCGUCGGGUCCCACCAAGGUUCUCAAUCCCACCCACCAACCAUGAAAUUAUGCCUGGAGGGAGUGUUAACAUCACCUGUGUUGCUGUGGGGUCUCCAAUGCCAUAUGUGAAAUGGAUGUUGGGUGCUGAAGAUCUUACACCAGAAGAUGAUAUGCCAAUAGGAAGGAAUGUCCUGGAGCUCAACGAUGUCAGGCAGUCUGCCAACUAUACCUGUGUGGCCAUGUCCACUCUUGGUGUUAUAGAAGCAAUAGCACAGAUAACUGUCAAAGCCUUACCUAAACCUCCAGGAACUCCUGUUGUAACAGAAAGCACAGCAACAAGCAUUACUUUGACAUGGGAUUCUGGAAACCCUGAGCCAGUAUCUUACUACAUAAUCCAGCAUAAACCUAAAAGCUCUGAGGAACUCUAUAAGGAAAUUGAUGGAGUGGCCACAACACGAUACAGUGUUGCUGGCCUAAGUCCUUAUUCUGAGUACGAGUUCAGAGUAGUUGCUGUCAAUAACAUUGGGCGAGGUCCACCCAGUGAACCUGUAUCAACACGGACCUCAGAGCAAGCGCCAUCUAGUGCACCACGCAACGUACAGGCUCGUAUGUUGAGCUCAACCACCAUUUUGGUGCAGUGGGAGGAACCUGAGGAACCUAAUGGCCAAAUACAAGGUUACAGAGUUUAUUACACCAUGGACCCUUCCCAACAUGCCAACAGUUGGUUGAAGCAUAAUGUGGCUGACAGUCAUAUCACCACCAUUGGGAAUCUAACACCACACAAAACUUACUCUGUGAAAGUUCUUGCUUUUACCUCAGUUGGGGAUGGGCCUCUUUCAAGCGACAUUCAAGUCAUCACUCAGACUGGAGUACCAGGACAGCCAUUGAACUUCAAAGCAGAACCUGAAUCUGAAACAAGCAUACUACUUUCUUGGACUCCUCCACGUUCUGAUACCAUCUCCAACUAUGAUCUUGUUUACAAAGAUGGAGAACAUGGAGAAGAGCAACGGAUUUCUAUUGAUCCAGCUACAUCUUAUCACUUGCAAGGCCUAAAACCAAAUAGUUUGUAUUACUUCCGUCUGUCUGCACGCUCUCUACAAGGCCUCGGUGCUUCAACAGCAGAAAUCUCAGCUAGAACAAUGCAGUCAAAGCCAUCAGCUCCUCCUCAAGACAUUAGUUGCAACAGCCCCAGCUCCACUAGUGUUUUGGUAAGUUGGCAGCCUCCUCCACUGGAAAAACAGAAUGGAAUUAUCACUUCCUACUCCAUCAAGUACACUGGAAUUGAUGGAGAAGAUGACAAGCCCCAUGAAAUUUUGGGAAUAGCUCCGGACACUACAAAGUACCUUUUGGAACAGUUGGAAAAAUGGACUGAAUAUCGGAUUUCUGUGACAGCCCACACUGAUGUCGGACCUGGCCCAGAGAGUGAAUCUGUGUUGAUCCGAACAGAUGAAGAUGUUCCUAGUGGUCCUCCUCGCAAAGUCGAGGUAGAGGCUGUCAACUCUACAUCUGUUAAAGUGUCAUGGCGUUCACCAGUGCCCAACAAGCAGCAUGGUCAAAUCCGAGGAUACCAGGUGCAUUUUGUGAAGAUUGAAAAUGGAGAGCCUAGGGGGCAACCCAUGCUGAAGGACAUCAUGUUGGCUGAUGCACAGUGGGAAUAUGAUGAUACUACUGAACAUGAAAUGAUAAUAGCUGGAUUACAGCCUGAGACAACAUACUCUCUAACUGUGACGGCCUAUACAACCAAAGGAGAUGGAGCACGGAGCAAGCCCAGACUCGUGUCUACUACUGGUGCAGUUCCAGGAAAACCUCGGCUUGUAAUUAGCCACACACAAAUGGGUACAGCUCUAAUUCAGUGGCACCCACCUGUCGACACAUAUGGCCCUCUGCAGGGGUACCGCCUGAGAUUUGGCCGCAAAGACAUGGAUGCAUUUACGACACGGGAUUUUACCGAUAAAGAUGACCACUACACAGCUACAGAUAUUCACAAAGGGACUUCAUAUAUCUUCAGGCUUUCAGCUAGAAAUAAAGUGGGCUUUGGGGAGGAGAUGGUAAAAGAAAUUUCGAUUCCAGAAGAUCUACCAAGUGGAUUCCCUCAAAACCUACAUUCGGAAAGUGCCACCUCGACUUCAAUCCAGCUAACUUGGCAACCACCCAUCCUAUCAGAAAGAAAUGGUAUUAUCACCAAAUACACUCUGCAGUACAGGGACAUCAACGAGGCACAUCACCAAACAGAGGUCCCUGUUGUUCCUGCUGAUAUUACUAUGACACUUACAGCCUUAAAACCAGAUACCACAUACGAUGUAAAAAUACGUGCACACACAGGCAAAGGGCCCGGUCCUUAUAGUCCUAGUGUCCAAUUCAGGACACUACCUGUGGAUCAAGCAGUGUUUGCAAAAAAUUUUCAUGUCAAAGCAGUGAUGAAGACAUCAGUAUUGCUCUCUUGGGAGAUACCAGAGAAUUACAACUCUGCUCUGCCUUUCAAAAUCCUGUACGAUGAUGGGAAAAUGGCAGUUGAGGUAGAUGGCCGAGCCACUCAGAAACUUAUCACCAACCUGAAGCCUGAGACGUCGUAUUCGUUUGUAUUGACCAACAGAGGGAACAGCGCUGGAGGUCUUCAGCACAGGGUGACGGCAAAGACAGCACCAGAUGUAUUGCGCACCCAGCCCCUCUUCAUUGAUAAGACCAAUGUUGAUGGAAUGGUAACAGUGAAACUACCAGAUGUACCUGCAAACAAAACUAUAAAAGGUUACUAUAUAGUAAUUGUGCCUUUAAUAAAGAAGUCUGACGGGAAAUUUAUGAAACCACGGGAGAGCCCAGACGAAAUGGAAUUAGAUGAGCUACUUAAAGAGAUAGCACGGAAACGCAGAAGCAUUCGUUUGGGGAGAGAAGCAGAUUUAAAGCCAUAUAUUGCAGCACACUUUGAAGUUCUUCCUACUGAAUUCACUCUGGGGGAUAAAAAACAAUAUGGUGGUUUUGAGAACAAGCAGCUACAAAAUGGCCAAGAAUAUGUUGUGUUUAUUUUAGCUGUUAUGGAACACUCAGAAUCCACAAUGUAUGCGACCAGCCCAUAUUCUGAAACUGUUGUAUCAGUGGAUCUUAAUCCCCAGCCAAUUACAGAUGAAGAAGAAGGCUUGAUCUGGGUUGUAGGACCAGUUCUUGCAGUUGUGUUUAUCAUCUGUAUUGUUAUAGCUAUACUGCUUUAUAAAAGGAAAAGGGCAGAGACAGACUCUAGAAAGAGCAGCAUACCCAACAGCAAGGAGAUUCCUUCCCACCACCCCACAGAUCCUGUGGAGCUGCGGCGCCUUAAUUUUCAAACUCCAGGUAUGGCUAGCCAUCCACCAAUACCUAUUAUGGAACUUGCAGAUCACAUUGAAAGGCUGAAGGCGAAUGACAACUUGAAGUUUUCCCAAGAGUAUGAGUCAAUUGACCCAGGUCAGCAAUUCACAUGGGAACACUCUAACCUGGAAGUAAAUAAACCAAAGAAUAGAUACGCGAAUGUCAUUGCUUAUGACCAUUCUCGAGUUCUCCAAUCAGCAAUAGAAGGCAUACCAGGGAGUGAUUAUAUAAAUGCUAACUACAUAGAUGGUUACAGAAAACAGAACGCCUAUAUAGCAACCCAAGGACCUCUCCCUGAAACAUUUGGAGAUUUCUGGAGAAUGAUGUGGGAACAAAGGGGCGCAACUGUUGUCAUGAUGACCAAACUGGAAGAAAGGUCCAGGGUCAAAUGUGAUCAAUAUUGGCCAAGCAGAGGAACAGAAACGUACGGCCUGAUCCAGGUGACCUUGUUGGACACUGUCGAAUUGGCAACAUACUGUGUUAGAACAUUUGCACUUUACAAGAAUGGAUCAAGUGAGAAGAGAGAAGUGAGGCAGUUCCAGUUUACUGCCUGGCCUGACCAUGGAGUUCCAGAACACCCUACACCAUUCCUAGCUUUCUUACGACGAGUCAAAACUUGUAAUCCUCCUGAUGCUGGACCAAUGGUUGUUCACUGCAGUGCUGGAGUUGGCAGGACCGGCUGUUUCAUUGUAAUAGAUGCCAUGCUAGAGAGAAUAAAGCAUGAAAAGACUGUAGAUAUUUAUGGCCACGUAACUCUAAUGAGAGCCCAGAGGAAUUACAUGGUUCAAACAGAGGACCAAUACAUCUUUAUCCAUGAUGCACUGCUUGAAGCAGUGACAUGUGGAAAUACCGAAGUGCCAGCCAGAAACCUGUAUGCAUAUAUUCAGAAGCUGACACAGAUAGAAGCAGGAGAGAAUGUCACAGGAAUGGAACUGGAAUUUAAGCGGCUAGCCAGCUCUAAAGCUCACACUUCAAGAUUCAUUAGUGCCAAUCUUCCAUGUAAUAAAUUUAAAAAUCGCCUUGUUAAUAUUAUGCCAUAUGAAUCCACGAGGAUAUGUUUGCAGCCUAUCCGAGGGGUAGAAGGUUCCGAUUAUAUCAAUGCCAGCUUUAUUGAUGGAUACAGGCAACAAAAAGCCUAUAUAGCUACGCAGGGACCAUUGGCAGAAACAACAGAAGAUUUCUGGAGGAUGCUUUGGGAGCACAAUUCAACCAUCGUAGUCAUGCUUACUAAACUACGAGAAAUGGGCAGAGAAAAAUGUCACCAGUACUGGCCAGCAGAGCGCUCAGCUAGGUAUCAGUAUUUUGUGGUGGAUCCCAUGGCAGAGUAUAACAUGCCACAGUAUAUCCUAAGAGAAUUCAAGGUCACAGAUGCCAGGGAUGGCCAAUCCCGGACAGUGAGGCAGUUCCAGUUCACUGAUUGGCCUGAACAAGGAGUUCCAAAGUCGGGAGAAGGGUUUAUUGACUUCAUAGGCCAAGUUCAUAAAACAAAAGAGCAGUUUGGACAAGAUGGGCCAAUCUCAGUUCACUGUAGUGCGGGUGUUGGAAGGACUGGAGUGUUCAUAACCCUGAGCAUUGUGUUGGAAAGAAUGAGAUAUGAAGGUGUUGUAGAUAUCUUCCAGACUGUCAAAAUGUUAAGGACGCAGCGGCCAGCCAUGGUACAAACAGAGGAUCAAUAUCAGUUCUGCUAUCGAGCCGCACUAGAAUACCUGGGCAGCUUUGAUCACUAUGCAACGUAAAAAACAAAAACAAAACCCUGACCCAUCCUGGAUUUUUAACUGCAGGCCCUUUAAGAUCCAGAGAGCCUCUUCUGAGCCAUACAGUGUGCUUGAGAAGUACUUCUUAACUCCUAACUAAAGACCAAUUAGUGGGAAAUAUUAAAAGAAAAAAACUGUUCCAGGUGGACCAACAAUUCACAGUUCAAUAAACCUUACCAGAAACAUAAUAAAAGAAUCCUGACUGGUUGAGGCAUCUGAAAGAUUUCAUUUUGCAGAAACCUCAAGGAUUCAGUUUUGGUUGAAGUAAAAGGGAAGAGGAAAUUCCUGCAAAGAACCAUCAUCUUGUUCAGGAUUGCAUGAUCGUUAACAAUAUGAAUCUUAGGAAUCCUGCAAUUCAGUGCGAGAUAUUAUCAAAAGGCCAGUACCUGGUAACUCUGAAAGAAGACAGACUCUUUGCUUCAACGUCUCCCCUUCCUACCAUAUUGCUCAUAAAUAACACUUGUGGGGGGGGGGAGGGCGAAUGUUUAAAAAGAAAGUCCUUGAUUUAGUUUUUUAGUAUUGUAAAGAUACUGCUGACCUGUGCUUCAUUUUUAACUGUGUAAACUUUUUUCCUUUUUUUAAACAAAAGUUUAUCAUUCAAUGAAGUGAAUUUGGAAAAAAAAUUGCAUAACUGUUCAUUUUUUUGUUUCAGAAUUGUAGAUUUUUUUAUGCUGUAGAACUGUUACCUGUAAUAUCUCACUGUAGAAAUGUUAAAUAAUUUGAAAAUUUGCACAUUUUUGUGCAGCCCUAUAUUUAUCUCCAGGACCACAUUCUCAUUUAGAUAUUGCUUUUACAUUUUGCUUUUUUUAAAAUGAAAUACAAAUCAGUUAAUCUACAUAUGGAAGGUUUUGGUUUUGUUUCUUUUGGAAUCAACAGGGAAGCGCAAAGUAUAAAGCUGCUACUAACACACAGACACACCGUUCUCUAUCUAUAAAUAUAUGUAUAUCUCUAUUAUUGUCUCUCUAUCCAUCUACAAUAAUACACGUAGAUAGAUAGACAGAAAUGCACAUAAAUAUAUAUAUAUAUAUAUAUAUAUACACACACACACACACACACACAUAUCAGUUCUUCCAUGACUUGCAUUUAUUGAAGCAGUGGGAGGGUGGGGGGAAUCCAAAAUGCUACAUUCAGUCCAUACAAUAUUUCUGAACAUCUCUGCAUCUCAAGGUGUUUUUUUUAGGGCUUUUCUUUUGUUGUCUUGUUUUCCAGGGGAAAUGAGGAAUGCACAUCAGUGAUACUUGAAACUCAGUCCUACCCAAAAAUAAAGGAUGGAAAUCAUGUGUACACACAUCUCACACAUACACACACACAAACACUCUCAUUAAGUUUGGUAUCUGUAACAUCUUAGUGCAAUAACAAACCAUACUAAGUAUAGGAAGUGUGCAUGUGGGAAAGGUCAGUGCAUAUCCCCUUAGGAGGGGAGAAUGUUGUAAUAUAAUAGUUGUCAAGAUGUUUUAAAAAUGUAUUCACUCGUAUAAUUGUCAUAUAGUAUAUGGUAGGACAUUUGCAUCAGUGAUGUAUAAUGGGGCAAAGCCAGACUCGUGUUGCUCUGUUAAAUCAGAAAUCUUCUGUGGCAUACAGCAUUAAGUGAAAAUGCUGUUUUUUUAUUUUAAUUUUUACAUUUAGAGUGCCUUAUAUUUGAUGCCUAUUUUGAUAGCAUUUCUUCCAGUUUUAUUUUAUCUGUAUUUGCAUUAGCUGAACUCAUAUUUCUCUGUUGCUCUCCCCCCCCUUCUUCAAUUAAAGCAUUAGCUUCAGCACAUGUACAAAGAGGUCUUUUAACAAUAUGCAUUCCUGGUGUUUACCCAAGUGUUAAAUAUUAAUAAAUGUUUAUCCAAAGCAGUUGGGUAGUCAGGGGCCCUUUAUCCAACCAGAACUCCCAGCAACAGACAAAGCCACAAUACAUGGGUAGUUCCUCCCAAACUGCAUUCAUUAGCAUUGCACUUGUUAUUAGAAUAUAGUAUUGCCAUGGUGAAAACAGACAGUAGCUCUCCCUUAAUAGGCAAAGGAGCAGCAGUUAGAAUGGCUCUUGAUUCAUACUCACACACAUGAAUUUCAUUGGAGGCCAAAGCAUGUUCACUUUACUCAGGCUAAAAGGCCUCCUGAGAUAAGCUGGGUCAGGCUAGUGGACGCAGGGCAUACAUUUAAAGAUGACAUGUGUUUCCCUCCCCCCCCCAUUGUGAACAGAACAAGGCAUCUUUUCAGACCAUUAUAAUGGAAGCCAUUUGCUCUUACAUUGGUCUGGGUUCAGCCUAGCACCAUGUUAGAACACAAAUAUCAAAGGAACUCUUUUUGGGUACGUUUAAAAUCAGAUUCACUAAAGAAAUAAUUAGCUUAUCUUAGCAUUCAUUUUUUCCAUGUUUUCCAUCACUACCAGAAAUAAAUAUAUUAAAAGACCAAACACUAGAAAGCAUUCUAUUUGAGCACUUUUAUAAAUAAAAAUGCAAAAAUGGAAAAAAAUUAAACGUAUAUAUGUAUAAUAAUAAUAAUAAAGUAUUAUAGAAGGCUACCUCAGAAUGAGAUUCUCUAACUUACAUCAGAAUCAGAGAAGAAUGUGCACUAUAUGUUUCCUUUUGUUUUUGAUUUGUUUUUGUGAAAAUAAUACUUUUAAAAGUGCCAGAUUACGCAGUGAGCUCAUGCUUUUAGCCAAAAGUACAAUUUUCAGACACCAUUGGGGGGAAAAGUUACAUUUUAGAAGCAUACAGGAAAGGCGUAUCUGCACAGGAACUUUCUGUGUUCUCUGUUUUGAACUUAGUCGCAAGACUGGAAAUGCAUUUUCAUUUGCAUGAGGUUUGUGUGUAUUCUUGCUCUGCAUAGAAACCUGCAGUGCAGGGUGUAUCACCGGACAUUGCAGACUGUGCACAGGGGUCAUGAGGCUUGUGAGAUCAGAAUGCACAUGGCAGAGCUCCAAAG